UUCAAAUCUUCAGAUUAAAACACGUAAGCUAGCAAACAAACUAAACGAGUAAAGUCUAAAUCCAAAAACCCCUAGCCCUUCCUUUUGACCUUUCAAGCAAUCACAACCGUUUUUAUUACUGUUACCUGGGAUUUUAACCCAAAUGAUAAUUUAUGUACCACUAGAAGUUCCUCAGCCUUACAGGUACCCUCAAAUGUGCUCACAUUACAAGAUUUAAGUUGCAUUAGCACCACCCCUUUUUAUUUCCCCCUGUUCUCCCAAACACUUCAAUGGCCAAUCUUCCAACAAAUGGAGAAGCCGAUACCAAAGAGAUUGAUAUGUCUAGCAUAUCAUCCAAGCGUUACAACCAGAACUCGGACUUAGAUGUUCACCAUAAAGUCGGUGUCCCAUCUAAGCAAAACUUGUUCAAGGAGUUCACUAACACCGUGAAGGAGACAUUCUUUGCUGAUGAUCCUUUACGACAUUUCAAGGAUCAGUCAAAGUCCCGGAAGUUUAUUCUCGGUCUUCAAGCUGUCUUUCCUAUCCUUGAAUGGGGAAGAGGUUAUAAUCUCAACAAGUUUAGAGGAGACCUCAUUUCUGGCCUCACUAUUGCCAGUCUCUGUAUCCCUCAGGAUAUAGGGUAUUCUAAACUUGCAAAUUUAGACCCUCAGUAUGGAUUAUACUCUAGCUUUAUACCUCCAUUAAUAUAUGCUUGCAUGGGUAGUUCAAGAGAUAUCGCCAUUGGACCGGUGGCUGUUGUUUCUCUUCUACUAGGGACUCUGAUUCAGAACGAGAUUGAUCCUACUAAAAAUCCUGUAGAGUACCGGAGACUUGCAUUCACUGCAACGUUUUUUGCAGGGAUCACCCAAAUGACCCUUGGAUUUUUCAGAUUAGGCUUCUUAAUCGACUUCCUAUCCCAUGCGGCUAUUGUCGGUUUCAUGGGUGGAGCAGCAAUCACAAUCGCAUUGCAACAGCUCAAAGGAUUUCUUGGGAUCAAGUCCAAGCAGUUUACAAAGAAAUCAGAUAUAAUAUCUGUCUUACAGUCAGUAUUUGGUUCCAUCCAUCAUGGGUGGAACUGGCAGACGAUAUUGAUCGGAUCAGUCUUUCUGGCCUUCCUUCUCUUUGCUAAGAUGAUCGGAAAGAAAAACAAGAAACUAUUUUGGGUGCCGGCAAUUGCUCCAUUGAUGUCAGUCAUUCUAUCCACAUUUUUUGUGUUUGUAACUGAUGCAGAAAAGAAGGGAGUAGCAAUAGUGAAUCACAUAGAAAAAGGACUUAACCCGUCAUCAGUGCAUCUGUUAUAUUUUUCUGGUGAAAACCUUGUGAGAGGUUUUAAAAUCGGUUCAGUGGCGGGUAUGAUAGCUCUAACUGAAGCCACAGCAAUAGGAAGAACAUUUGCAGCAAUGAAAGACUACCAACUAGAUGGCAACAAAGAAAUGGUAGCUCUAGGGGCCAUGAAUGUUGUGGGAUCAAUGACUUCCUGCUAUGUUGCCACUGGAUCCUUCUCUCGAUCUGCAGUGAAUUACAUGGCAGGCUGUCAAACUGCAGUCUCAAACAUCGUUAUGUCACUCAUUGUGUUUCUAACCUUGUUGUUCAUAACACCUCUUUUUAAGUACACCCCAAAUGCCAUACUUGCGUCCAUCAUCAUAUCUGCCGUCAUCAACCUUAUUGAUUAUGAGGCUGCUAUUCUCAUAUGGAAGAUUGAUAAAUUCGACUUUGUUGCAUGUAUGGGCGCCUUUUUUGGUGUCAUUUUCGGGUCUGUUGAGAUUGGUCUUUUAAUCGCGGUAGUUAUUUCUUUUGCCAAAAUCCUGUUGCAAGUUACUAGGCCAAGGACUGCACUCCUUGGCAAUCUCCAAGGCUCGACCAUUUACAGAAAUCUUCAGCAAUAUCCUGAAGCCACUAAUGUUCCUGGUAUAUUGAUUAUAAGAGUUGAUUCAGCCAUCUACUUUUCCAACUCAAAUUACAUAAAGGAGAGGAUAUUGAGAUGGUUAGUCGAUGAGGAAGAGAAGAGGAAAAAGAUGUAUAGACCAAGGAUCCAGUUUCUUAUCGUGGAGAUGUCACCUGUGACCGACAUUGAUACCAGUGGCAUCCAUGCUUUAGAAGAGUUGCACAAAAGUUUACAGAAAAGAAAUGUGCAGCUUGCUUUGGCAAAUCCAGGGCCAGUGGUAAUUGAGAAGCUACAUGCAUCCGAUUUCACAACAUUAAUAGGGGAAGACAACAUGUAUCUAACAGUAGCCCACGCUGUUCAUUCAUGUUCUCCAAAACUAGUUGAAGACCCCUGAUUAACCAUCGGGAGAUUCCAAAGGUUGAUUCAAUUUGAAUGUAUGUACGUUAAAAACAAUGAGAAUUGAUUAAUAAACUGGGUAAUUGUUGGAUCAUCCAGCUACCCCGUCCUUUUACGUUCUAAGCUGAGGUUAAGGAAAUUGUUUUAGGGCCCGGUAAAUCGGUAAUGUUGUGUGUGUGUGUGUACAGAAAUGUAUAUGUUAAGGAAAUUGUUAAUCCAUUUUCAAAUGCAUUUAGCAAUGUGCCAUUUCAGGGGAUUUGAUAUUAUUGCCUACUUAUGCUCUAAA